AUGUUUCAGUUUUGCAUCCAAUUUGCGCUUAUUGGCGUUUUGAUAUGCGGAAUUGCUGUUGAAGCUGCAGCUGCUGCUGAUGAGCACCAGCAAGCAAAUAAUUUAGUAAACAAACGACUGAGAGCGAGAAUACGAAGAGACACUCCACCAACUGCCGACUUUCAGGAAAUUGACUUUGACUUUGACGGAAACGAGGUUCUAGAAGUAUUAGUGGGAGAAGAUGAAGAAAUGAAUCUUGAAAUUGUUGAUGGAGAAGCAGUCCAACAAAUUGUCGGAGGAGAUGAAUCGACACUUGGUGAAUAUCCAUACUUUGUGGAUUUUGGCAACUGUGGAGGCACUUUGAUUGCCCCGGAUUUGAUAUUGACAGCGGCGCAUUGCGAAGACUACAGAGGAUACUUGGGCCUUGUCGGAGCUUACAACCGAGGCAAUGAUUCGACCGAAGGAGCGACCUUUGUCAAAGUCACCGAAUGGGCCCAGCAUCCCUAUUAUGACGACUAUACGCUCAAGUUUGACGUGGCAUUGAUGAAGAUUGACCCGCCUGUUUAUUUGGAUUCGGAUAUCGUCCUGACACUGAACGACCAAGAUGAUCUGUCGGAGGGUGAAAGCCUCACGGUCAUGGGGCUGGGAGUAUUGGAGGAGGACGCCAAUGACGAUGGAGUUGAUACUCUUCGAGAUGUUACUGUGGAAAUGAUUCCAAAUUUCGUCUGUAACAGCGAAGAUUGGUAUGACGAAGAACUGGAUUAUACCAUGUUUUGUGCAGGUUACCAAGAGGGUGGCAGAGAUUCAUGUCAAGGAGAUUCAGGUGGCCCUCUGGUUCGAAAGAUUGGAAACCGACAUGUACUAGUUGGAAUUGCUUCUUGGGGCGGAGGCUGUGGUUACCAACAAAAACCUGGAGUUUAUUCUAGAGUCAAUCUGGCCAUGCGAUGGAUCAAACAGGUUGGGUGCACGGAAUGGGAUAGUCCGAGUUCCUUUUGUCGUGGUCCGAGGAAUAGAUUGGGUGGCGUCGAUAAGUGUGCUGUCAAUGAAAAGGAAGUCGAUUUCACUCUACUCACUGGAGAAACUGAUGGCGAGGUUGAAUGGGAGAUUGCCAGCUUUGAGGCACAACGGACUAUACUGAGGGAAACUGGUGACGAAAAAUGGGAGACCUAUCAAACGAGAAGGUGUUUGCCACAGAAUACCUACGUUCUAAUGAUCAAGAAUCCAAGAGGCCAGGGAUUGGCUGGGGGUGGAUUCAGCUUGACGGUAGAUGGACGGCUAGUGGAGGAGUUGUACGACAAUGAUUCGUUUAGCUUAAAGGUGAUCAGAUUCUAG